AUGUCAGUCCGCAUAAAACAGCUGGUUUCUUAUGCAGCGGGGUUUACAAUGCUGUAUGCCGCAUGUGCCUCGACAAUGGGUAUCUUUGCAUGGUCCGAGCUGUUUUUACAUCCACGACUGUCCAAACAGUUCCGCACAGAUGACCCCACGAUAAACAAGACGUAUGUUCCGAAAGAAACAGUCACCGGUUUGCAAUGUUUGGUAAUUGCGUUCCCACUGCCUUUGCUAGUGCUCACUUGGUGGUGUCUCGUAGAAAGCGACUCGAGUGUUCAACAUCGAUAUUUAGCACGUUCUCAAUUGGGUGUCGCCAAACCAGACUGGUUACCAGCGAAACUACAUCUUUACCAUGCCAGCUGUGUGGCUCUUUUGCUGAUCUUGGGGAUAAAUGGCGUUUUAACCAACGGUUUCAAACUAAUCAUUUCGAACGCGAGGCCGGACUUCAUCGCUAGAUGCCAGCCGCAAGAUUCAAACGCUUUGUAUGUGUCAUUUGAUCAAUGUACGCAAACCAAUCGUUGGAUUUUGUACGAGGGGCUCAAAAGUACCCCUAGCGGCCACUCGAGUUUCGCAGCAGCAGGACUGGGAUUCUUGUAUUUAUGGCAAGUACGACACACGCGGGUGUCCAAAUGGAGACAUCUGUGGUGUCCCAUAUUAUGUCUUGUGGUGAUGGUAUCGAGGGUGAUCGAUCAUAGACACCAUUGGUAUGAUGUUAUAGCUGGGUGUGCAUUGGGUCUAAGCGUGUGUGCACUGGUCUGGCGCAGUCUAUUGCGGGAAGAAGCUCCUCAGAUAUUACCUGUCUGA